CUGCAGACUUUGUCUUUGAUGAAAGACAGUAUUUCCUCAUAUUCCUCUCUGUGCCACCCUUUUCCACACCUCCUACCUCCUCCUUAAGUGACUCAGCCUCUGAAGGAGAAGCCUCUUGAUUUUGCAGACAGCUGGAUGGAGGAGUACAGUGCUCUGUCUGCUUUGACUGUACCUCACUUCUAGGUAUCCCCAGGUGGGCAUACCAUACUGGGCCACUCUAGGACACUAUCUUCUACCAUAUACAGAUCUCGCAGAAAGACACCUCACUGGACAAAAUGUCAGCUUUCAGCAUACGAAAACAGCCUCCUAAACAAAAUGAUAAUAAGAGCCCCUCUGUUGCAAUUAAAAGCAGACAACAGGUUAUUCAGGAUAUUAACAAACGGCGGACCCUUUUGCAAGAUAACAGCUGGAUAAAGAAGAGAUCUGAAGAGGAAAGUGCUGAUGAAAACUAUGGAAGGGCUGUGCUUAACCAAUAUAAAUCCCAAGAUAGCCUACACAGCAGUAGCAUAAAUGAAAAGGAAGAUCAGAAAGCCCUACUUGGACGAUAUAGAUCUGAUACUACCUUGGACAGAAUGCCAGCCAGAAGUGAUGCUGAUAAAAUAAAUACAUUUCCAGCUCUGGAUAAUAAACAAAGCAAUAGACAAUCUUGGACUCCCACUACAUCAUCCCCAAACACUGCUGCCACUUCUCCUAUCAAAAAAAAAAGGCAAUCUUGGAUGCCUCCACCAGUUUCGAGCUGUAAGACCACCACGGAUACAGUGGAAACCAAAGAGACCACUUCUGAAAAUUCAGAGGCUCCCACAAUGACUGCCUUUUCAUCGGAACAGGUGACCCCUCAAAAAUCAAAGACUGACAUGGUUAAUCAAGCUAUAGCAAGAGGAAAAGACCUUGAGGAGAUAACUGAAAUAAAGAGUGCUGCUCAUAAAAAUGAGAGAGAUCAGGACCUUGGUGAUCACACUGAAAUAAAGCCUGCUGGUGCCCAACGUAAAAAAGGGGUAGCUGAGCAAGUGUAUGAAAAUGCUCCAAGUGCUCCAAAUAAUCUCUCUACAAACUAUUCCAGCAACAGUGAAAGAAAAUCCAGCAAAUCAUCACAUGGUGUCUAUGAAGAAAAUAUGACUGGAAAUACUAUCAAAACUGUUUACUCUACUUCUGAUAGGAGUAUAAUUGGAAAAGAUAUAUGUACAUACUGCAGGAAGCCCUUGGGCAUAGAUGUCAAAAUGAUCUUAGAUGCCUUGCAAAUUUGCUGUCACUCAACUUGCUUCAAGUGUGAAGUAUGCAAAAGACCACUGGAAGAUCUGAAAGCAGGAGACAGCAUUUGGAUUUACAGACAAACUGUGCACUGUGAGCCUUGCUAUUCCAAAGUUAGAGAAAAAUGGAUCUACUAAUCUGGACCUACAGAAAGCUAGAAGAUCCACUGGUGUUUAGUUAAGUGUAUUCAAACCGCUAUGGAAAAUGAUUAUUAUUGCUAAAACUAAAGUACUCUAAAUGUAGCCCUACUGCAUGGUUCCCAAAGGAAUGAAUUCCAGUAGAAUUUAAAUGCCUUUUUAUAUACACAUUCCAGAAAGCAAAACAAGAUAUCGUUCAGUAUAUUCAUCAGAUGUGCGAAACUACUGAAUACACAAAUACCUAACAGAAAUUUUGAAACAGCUGUAUUCUUUUUGCUGAAACCACGCUUCCUCAGAUAUAAAGAACUGUUAUCUUUAUAUAGCAUGGAUGGGAUUAAUUUCAUGUAAGAUUAGCAUCUAAAAGUCAAAUAUUUAGCUUAAACUACUGGUUUCAUAUAGAGUGAAGUGGAUUUCCUCUGUACCUUUGAGGAAAGAUAUCAGCCUCCAGUGGAAGAUUGUUUCCAAAUAACUUCAGUGAUAAUUUUAUGAUAAAACAAGUCAUCUUUGGAAAAUGCCUAUCUCUAUUGACUAUAGGGGUAUUCUAGAGAAAAAUUGUUAGAAAGUUUAAGUUACUAGUAUACCACUCUGUGUUUUUAAUCCUCAAUUAUUGUAUUACCAUUUUUUAAAAAAUACAUACUUCAUAGCUGCCAUGAAGUCACGAAAUAUAGACUUUGCAUUUCGUCACAUAUUAAUCUGUCCUACUUUAUUAAGCUGAAUCUGUAAGUGCUUUGGAUAGAUUCAUCUCAGCUAAAUUUAAACAUCUAUGGUGUACACAUCUACUAUUCUCUCUUUAUAGUCAUUACAGAGAAGUAGACAUUUUUAGGAAGCGAUUCAUCUAAUCAAAUUAUAAACAUCUAUUUUUUGAUGUGGUAAACCAUGCUCUGAAAGUAUGUCUUCCUUUCCACUGUCUGCCAAGGAACUUGGAGUGAAUAAUUGAUUUCUAGACAUCUACAUUAGGCCAGACAAACUCCUUCCCUGGAGACUACAAUGAGAGUAGUUUUUUUUCUUUUUUUGGACAGGGUAUAUGUGUUAAAAUAUAGAAAUACAAAGAAGAGUUCAUGCUUUGUUAUAGUACAAGUUUCCACGAGAGUCUAUAGUUGUAUGUUCUGUUUGCCUGAAAUAAGAAAUAAUUCAGCGUUUUACCGGACAAAAGAGGUGUUAACUGCUAUCCUCUGCCUUGGGAUGUUUUAGAUCAUGGAUAUUCAGAAUUGAUAUUUCUCCCUUAUAUCUCAGCUGAAAAGAACUUAGAUAUCUAUUUUUGACAGAAUCUAUUUUUCCCCCAAAGGCUGAAAAAAGUAAAGUACACAUUAGUUAAGUGAUUCCCUCACCCCCAAAAUGACUCUAGAGUAAUGCAGAUUUAGUUUAAAAGGAAAACAGACAUGUAAAGAGAUCUAUUUUUUUCUCCUGUUACUCAGGAGACAGUUCAAUUAAUUAUCUAUAACAAACAUAAAUAUAAAAAGAAUGAAGGGGCUACAUAUUCUAGAAAGCAGUGGCCCCAGGGGUUUAAAGUUCAUCUUUGCAGUCCUAUGAUCUAGCUGAUUCUAGCUUCCUGGCACAAAAAAUAGAAUGCUCCAAGACUGCCAGAAUCUGAGCAGAGUUUAAAAGUUUGAAAAGUAGCAAAGCCACAGAUUAAUGUUAGACUACUGAAGGGAUGUCCCAGCCAUACUUUCUCCCUUCUUUUGCACCUUCAGUGGUGGAGACAGGUGGUAUGGAUAUCUGUAAUUUAAACCAUUGGAAUCUCACCUGAGUAAUGAUGUAAUUUAGGUUGCCUAUCUUAAAUUAUGUUCAGACUGUUGCACACAAAGGAGUCAUGAAAGAGCAGAUAAUUUGGUUUGCUAUUUUUUUAUGAAAAUUCUUAUGAAUUUAUGGCAGUAACUUUAAUAAAACAUAUUAUUAUAAAUAUUAUAAAUAUUUUUGCAGGUGUGUGUCUAUUGCUGAUGAUGUAUUUUAGUUAAACUGUACUGGUUGUUAUCCUGUAUUUCACUAGGCAACAAUGAAACUUGUUCAAGACUUGGAGAGAAUUAGUGGAGAAGUUUUAACAGCAGGUUGCAAAUUUGGUUCUAUUCAGAAACCAACAGUACUUGGGCAUGCUUGCUUACAACAGAAGAUAUUAGGUAUUCAUUUGAGCCACCCCACUAGAAUCUAGGGUUUUCUAGUGUUUGAGGAGAUGUGAUAUUGUAGUUCACUCCACUAGAGACCAGGAACAAACCCUGGAUCCAAAUAUCUGCUACUUAAAUGCUCGCUGACAGAGAAGCAGCAAUACAGAAACAAUAAAUAGUAAUUCUGUGCUCAUUAAUUCAUCUUUGCUGAACAGCCUUCAUAAUUUGCCAUGUGUUUUUGUUGUUGUUGUUAUUUUUAUCAUACGUUGUAAGUUUGCUGAAAAGAAACACCAGUUUUGUGAUGCAUGGUAUUUACCAUAUAAAAGCCUGGAUGGCAGUACUCAUUAAAAAAACCCAUUAACAUCUCAAUACCAGUUUAUCAAAACUCAAUUGUUUUUUGUGCCUUUUGCAUAUUAUUAGCAUGUGUUAUUUUAUUUCUUUUUGACUAGUACGUCCAUGAAACAAUCCAAAGAAACAGUUUGCUGGCAGCUGCUUUAA